GACUAAAGUCAGGAAAACUUACAUGAAGAGUUAUAAUGUAAAAACGAAGUUGUUUUGCAGGAUUUUUCCAAAAAAAUUAGCAGAUAUGAGGAAAUCAAAAACGAAAUAAUUGAUUUGCGACGAUCAAUCCCUUUAAAUAUGAUCACAUUGGACUGUGAGCAAAUAAACGAAACCCUUUACAGUAUUAUAGAUGAUCUGCGAAUGAAGAUAGUUGAUUAUUUUAUCGAUGAAAAUCAUGCCCUCAACAGAAGCAUCUGCGACAUGUUUGACGAAAUGUCCCAAAAAGUUAGCGGAACCCCGGAAACAGUGGCCGAUUUGGUCGAACUCCAGAAUUACGUGAUUGAAUGCCGCGAUGUGACCAUGUACAACUUGAAGGAUCAAAUUCGGAAAACCGCUGAAAAUGUGAACUUCCUGAUGCAACACGCUCACUUAACUUCUGAAGACGUCAGCCUAAACUCGAGAGUUUUCCUAUGGCCCAAAGACAUGGAAGCCGUAAUAGAACUGGCGAUUCAGCGCCUGAACAUGAAGAGAGAGCAGGCGGAGCAGGCGCUGAAGAACCGAAGAAUCCAGUUCGAUGCCAAACUGAAGCGGCAUGAGAAACUGCUGAGCAACUUCAAGAAAAAGGACCCUCCGAUGCUCACCGUCGAAGAGAUGGAGGAAAACGUGCAACAAGUGGAGACAAUUGUGGAACGACUGCAGGAAGACAAAGCGGAGGCGGAGCAGAUAAACGAAGAAGAACAACUUCUGGAUAUUGAUCCUUCGCCCUUCAUGAACCUGGCCAAGAUGCUGACAGUUGUAGAUCCAUACGAUAAACUGUGGCAUUCCGUUCUGGAGUUCCACGAAAACUAUGAGGCCUGGUAUUACGGGCCGUUUGCCGGUCUGGACGCGGAUGAAAUAACCGAAUACGUGGACAACAUGUGGAGGACUCUGUACAAACUAGCCAAAACGUUGAGCGAUAAUCCGGGCGCGAAACGAAUAGCGGAAAUGGUUCGGGCCAAGGUUGAAAAAUUCAGGCAAUUUCUUCCGGUGCUUCAGACCGUUUGCAACAAGGGCCUGCAACAGCGCCAUUGGGAUAAGAUUGGGGAAAUUGUUGGCGCUCCCGUGCUCAUAACGGCGGAGUCCACGCUAAACGAUAUGAUUGAGGCCGGCCUGCCCAAAUACUCGCAGCAAUUGGAAGAAGUGAGUGCGGCCGCCACUAAAGAAUACACGCUGGAAAAGAAUCUGAUGAAGAUGAAGGAGGAAUGGGUGGAUGUUCAGUUCGAGUGCAUCCCCUACAGAGAAACUGGCGUAUUCAUCUUGUCUGCUGUGGACGACGUCCAGGUCAUGAUGGAUGACCACAUUCUAAAGGCGCAAACCAUGCGCGGCUCGCCUUAUGUUAAGGCCUUUGAGGCGGUUAUGCAGGAGUGGGAAGAGAAGCUGAUUUCUAUGCAAGACAUCCUGGAACAAUGGCUUCAGUGCCAAGCCACCUGGAUGUACUUGGAGCCCAUAUUCAGCUCCGAAGAUAUAAUGAGGCAGAUGCCGACCGAGGCCAGACACUUCAAGACGGUGGAUCGAGUGUGGAGAUCCGUUCAGGCCCACACGGUCAAAGACACUCAUGUUCUGGUGGCAACCGAGUACAAAAACAUGCUGCCUCUGCUCAGAGAAAACAACAGGCUGUUGGAUGAAAUACAGAAGGGCCUGAACGAUUACCUGGAGAAGAAGCGACUGUUCUUCCCUAGAUUCUUCUUCCUGUCCAAUGAUGAGCUGCUGGAAAUUCUGUCCGAAACCAAGGAUCCCCUGCGGGUGCAGCCCCAUCUGAAGAAGUGCUUUGAAGGGAUCUACGCGCUGGACUUCACGAAAGACGAGGAGGUCAUUGGAAUGGUCAGUGCGGAGAAAGAGAGGGUCACUUUGAGUAGCAAAAUCAUCCCAGCUGAGGCCAAGGGCAUGGUGGAGAAGUGGCUGAUUCUGGUCGAAUCGGUAAUGAUUCAAUCCUUGAAAGACAUUACGAAGAAGGCCAUCGAUAAUUAUCCGGCAGUCGAGAGGCCCACAUGGAUCUUGACCUGGCCUGGACAGAUUGUUCAGUGUGUCGACUGUAUCGAGUGGACCACUGAAGUGACCGGCGCCAUAUUCAGCGGAAAUCUGGCCGAACAGGAGGAGAUUUGCACUGAGCAAAUUGAGUCCAGCGUCAAAAUGGUCCAGGGCACUUUGAAGCCGAACAACCAGGUUACAGUUGAGGCCUUGAUUGUCAUCGAUGUGCAUUGUCGCGAUAUUGUCACUAAACUGAAGGAGCUGAAAGUCACAUCAGUGGCGGAUUUCAACUGGAUCUCCCAAUUGCGAUACUAUUGGCGAGCGGAUGGCGUGAGCGUCUGCAUGAUCACCACUGAGGUCCAAUAUGGGUUUGAAUAUUUGGGAAAUACUGGCCGAUUAGUGGCUACCCCACUUACUGAUAGGUGUUACCGAACCUUAAUGGGCGCCUUGAAGCUGAAUUUAGGGGGAGCGCCCGAAGGCCCGGCAGGCACCGGAAAAACCGAAACCUGCAAAGACCUGGCCAAGGCUGUUGCGAAGAAGUGCGUGGUCUUCAACUGCUCGGAUGGCUUGGACUACAAGGCGCUGGGCAAAUUCUUCAAGGGCUUGGCCCAAGCUGGCGCUUGGGCUUGUUUCGACGAGUUCAACCGGAUUGAGCUCGAGGUUCUAUCGGUGGUGGCUCAGCAGAUCUCCAGCAUCCAAACGGCCGUGGCCGCCAAGCUGACCAAGUUUGUGUUCGAAGGCACGGAAAUCACGCUGGACCCAACUUGCACAGUUUUCAUUACAAUGAAUCCGGGAUAUGCCGGGCGGCAGGAGUUGCCUGAUAACCUAAAGGUGCUCUUCAGAACCGUUGCCAUGAUGGUGCCGGACUACGCGAUGAUUGGGGCCAUUUCGCUUUAUUCCUAUGGGUUCGUGCAGGCCCAGAGCUUGGCUGAAAAAAUCGUCCAUACUUACAAGCUCUGCUCCGAGCAGUUGUCGUCGCAAAAUCACUACGAUUACGGCAUGCGAGCUGUAAAAUCUGUGCUAUUGGCGGCUGGCGCCCUACGAAGAGCGUACCCCAACACCGAAGAAGCCCAGCUAGUUCUUCGGGCCAUUAUCGAUGUAAAUCUCCCGAAAUUUCUGGCCCAGGACGUGCCGUUGUUCAUCGGGAUCUACCAAGACCUGUUCCCCAACGUGGAGGUGCCAGCAUUCGAACGAUCCGACCUGAUCGAGUGUCUGAUUUACGACAUCCAGCUGAAAAACCUGCAAGCCACUCCCUGGUUCGUGGAAAAGUGCAUGCAGGUCUACGAAAUGAUUUUAGUUCGGCAUGGGCUGAUGAUCGUGGGGAAGCCGAUGGGAGGAAAGACCAGCGCGUAUCAGCGCCUGGCGGAUGGAUUGGGGCGGCUCAGUGGCCGGCAGGACGCCAAACUGAUCGAACACAGUGUUAUCUACAAAAUAAUCAACCCUAAGGCGAUAACGAUGGGCCAGUUGUACGGCCAGUUUGACCCAGCUUCCCAUGAAUGGUCGGAUGGAGUGUUGGCCAACACGUUUAGGGAGUUCGCAAACAGCUACACCUUGGAUCGCAAGUGGAUUCUAUUCGACGGCCCAGUGGACGCUGUCUGGAUUGAGAACAUGAACACUGUGCUGGAUGACAACAAAAAACUUUGCUUAAUGUCUGGAGAAAUUAUACAGAUGUCGCCUCAGAUGAAUUUAAUCUUCGAGCCGGCUGAUUUGGAGCAGGCCUCGCCAGCCACUGUGUCCAGAUGCGGGAUGAUUUACAUGGAACCUCACUUGCUAGGCUGGAGGCCGCUCAUGGCGUCCUACGUUGCCACUCUGGAGAAAAUCCUCUUGCCAGAACAGAUCGAAAUUUUGGUCGAGUGCACCGACUGGCUGGUGCCGCCCUGCUUGGAGUUCAUCAACAACAGCUGCAAGAAAUUCGUUGAGACUUCCGACACCCAUCUGUUCCACUCAUUUACACGCCUUUUCAAGUGCCUUUUGGUCGAAGAGAACCAGGUGAGCACGGUCUGGAUGCAGUGCGUGUUUCUCUUCUGCCUAGCGUGGGGUUUGGGGUCGACGUUGACGCUCGAGGGGCGCAAAAUGUUCGAUGCGUUUUACCGGAAAAUACUCGAGGGGCAAAACAAGCACCAUCCCAAGCCCAAGUCAUUCAAACUGUCCAAGAGCCAAAUCUUUCCCGAUCGCUCGGACAUUUUCGAUUGGCUCUACGAUAAGAAGAACAACGGCUCUUGGAUCACAUGGAGCGACACAGUGGAUAAAGUCCAACAAAUAGCACCAAACGCUAAGCCAAGUGAAUUGAUCAUUCAAACGAACGCCUCCUGUUGCCAGAGGUAUUUCCUCAGGCUGUGCCUUGCGAACAGCAUGCCAAUCCUGUUUGUCGGCCCAACUGGAACUGGGAAAACUGCGGUCACUCUUGACCACAUGCUGGGCCUUCCAAAGGAGAAGUUCCUGCCAAAUAUUGUGAAUUUUAGUGCGAGAACCACGUCCUCCAUGACUCAAGAAAUGGUCAUGUCCAAGCUCGACAAGCGACGAAGAGGCGUGUAUGGUCCUUCAAUGGGGAAAAAAUGCAUCCUGUUUGUGGACGAUGUGGGCAUGCCCCAAAAGGAAACCUAUGGGGCACAGCCCCCCGUUGAGUUGCUCAGACAGUGGCUGGAUCACGGCCAUUGGUUUGACAAAGACACCUCCACAUUGCAAUUGGUCGAUAUACUAUUCGUUGGGGCCAUGGGAGUUCCAGGUGGCGGCCGCAAUGAAAUCAGUGAUCGCUUUUUGCGCCACAUGCAAAUCAUCACCAUUGAUUCCUUCGACGACAAUACACUGAACAAAAUAUUCUCUACCAUUAUUGAUUGGCAGUUCAGCAAGGGAUAUGUUGAGGUGGUCCAAAGGAUGGCAAAGUUUUCCGUUGGAGCAACCAACGAAGUUUUCAAAGAAGCCACCCUGAGGUUCCUGCCCACACCCGCAAAGUCCCAUUACACGUUUUCGCUAAGAGAUUUUGCCCGAGUGGUUAAUGGCUUGUUGAUAACGCCCCCGUCCAAAAUGGACGAUCAGAACAAAUUCAUCAGGCUGUGGAUCCAUGAAACUUAUCGAGUCUUUCAUGACAGGCUUAUCGACGAUGACGAUCGGGAGACAUUGUUCAACAUCGUUGUGCAGGCUUGUUACCAGAACUUUCGCACUCCAAUGGAUAAAGCAUGCGAGCCGUUGGUGUCCGAAGAGGAGAAAUUGGGGCCGCAACAUAUCAGAAAUUUGUUUUUUGGAAACUACAUCGAACCUGAUGCCGAACCGAAGAUAUACGACGAAAUACUGGACAUGGACGUUCUGAUUGAAAAAAUGGAAUACUACUUGAGCGAGUACAACAUGAUCUCAAAAUCGCCAAUGAACUUGGUCAUGUUCAAGUUCGCUAUCGAGCAUGUUUCCAGAGUAUCCCGAGUGCUCAAUCAGCCCAAUGGAAACGUCCUCUUGGUGGGCAUCGGAGGCUCUGGGCGGCACAGUUCGGUUAAACUUGCUAGCGCCAUGUGCGAGUACAACGUGUUCGAAAUAGAAUUAUCCAGAAACUACGGCAUCCCGGACUGGAGGGACGACUUGAAAAGGCUGCUCCUUCGCGCGGGAAUCGAGGGCAAGCCGAUUGUGUUCAUCUUUUCGGACACUCAAGUUGCAGACGAAAUGUUCGUGGAGGAAAUCAGCACCGUUCUGAAUACCGCUGAUGUGCCAAAUCUGUAUCAGCCAGACGAAAAGGCUGAUAUUUUGGAGAAAAUGCAAAAUGCAGCCAGAGAAAUUGGAAGAAAAGUUGACCCAACACCGCUCGCACUGUACAACUUCUUCAUCGAACGCGUGCGGCAAAAUCUUCACGUCGCCCUGUGCUUCAGCCCAAUUGGAGACGCUUUUCGAGUCAGAUGCCGCAUGUUUCCAUCGCUGAUCAAUUGCUGCACAAUCGACUGGUUCCAAAACUGGCCAGACGAUGCCUUGGAACGCGUCGCCAACAUGUUCUUGUGCCAAACGGACAUCGGAAGCGACAUGAUUGAAAAAUGCGUCCUCAUGUGCAAGGAGUUCCACGUCACCGUGCAGGAGGCGGCUCUUCUAUUCUAUCGCGAGCAGAAGCGGAAAACCUACGUGACCCCAACAUCCUACUUGGAGCUGAUCCAGACGUUCAUCAACCUGCAUGUGCGGAAAGUCGAUCAAAUCAAGUUGCAGAUCAACAGAUACUUGACCGGUCUGGACAAGCUGGGCUUUGCUGCUGGUCAGGUUGGGAUAAUGCAGGAGGAGUUGCACAAUUUGCAACCGCAGCUGAUUGUCGCAUCUGGGAAAACUGAGAAAUUGAUGAUCAAGAUUGAACAGGACACAGUGGUGGUUGAGAAGCAAAAGGAGGUGGUUGCAGCGGAUGAAGCCUUAGCCAACGAAGCAGCCGCAGCCGCUCAAGCCAUUAAAGACGACUGCGAAUCGGAUUUGUCCGAAGCCAUUCCGGCGCUGGAAGCAGCAGUCGAGGCGCUGGACACUCUGAAGCCCAGCGACAUCACUCUGGUCAAGUCCAUGAAAAAUCCUCCUUCAGGAGUGAAGCUGGUGAUGGAGGCGAUUUGUGUGAUGAAGCAAAUCAAGCCUGAACGGAAGCCGGAUCUCACAACAGGAAGAAUGGUGGAGGAUUACUGGGGCCCAUCGGUCAAACUAUUGGGAGACAUGAAGUUCCUGGAACAUCUCAAGGCGUACGAUAAGGACAGCAUUCCGGUUCCAGUGAUGAAGAAAAUUAGAGACAGAUAUAUGCCAGAUAGGGAGUUCGAUCCAGAUCGAAUCAAAUCGGUGUCGACGGCCUGCGAGGGUUUAUGCAAGUGGGUUCGGGCCAUGGAAGUGUACGAUCGCGUCAUAAAAAUAGUGGCUCCCAAAAAAGCGCGACUAGCCGAAGCCGAAGCUGAAUUGGCCUUGCAAAUGGACACCCUCAAUGAGAAGCGAGCUCAAUUGCAAGAGGUGUCUGAUAAGCUGCAAGCGUUAAACGAUGAAUUAGCUGCGGAGACAAAGAAAAAGAAGGAACUGGAGGACGACAUCUACGUGUGCUCUCAAAAGCUGGACAGAGCUGAAAAGCUAAUUGAAAGUUUAGGGGGUGAAAAGGCCCGAUGGUCGGAAACCGCUGAAAUGUUGGGCAAUCUGCUGAACAACGUCAUUGGCGAUGUGUUGUUAUCAGCAGGGGAAAUUGCGUAUUUGGGCGCUUUCACGGUUGAUUACAGACGAGAAUUACUCAAAGGAUGGAACGUGUCGACUCUUCAGCUCGGUAUUCCGUGUUCGGAAAAUUUCUCGCUGGUAACUACCAUGGGCGAGCCAGUCGUGAUCAGAUCAUGGAACAUCGCCGGACUUCCAGUCGAUAAUUACAGUGUGGAGAAUGGGAUUAUUGCUACAACCGCUCGGAGAUAUCCGCUCAUGAUUGACCCGCAAGGCCAAGCAAACAAAUGGGUGAAAAACAUGGAGAAAAACAACCGGUUGCAGGUGAUUAAGCUAACAGACGCCAAUUAUGUGCGAAUCCUGGAAAAUGCCAUAACCUUUGGAACCCCUGUGAUACUGGAGAACAUUGGAGAAGAGCUAGACGCAGUCCUCGACCCGAUUUUGUCGAAAAACAUUUUUAAGCAACAGGGCGUGUGGUACUUGAAGUUGGCCGAGAACGUUCUGGAAUACUCGUUCGAUUUUCGCUUUUUUAUUACAACCCGCCUGAGAAACCCCCAUUACUUGCCCGAAGUGGCCGUGAAGGUGAGUUUGCUGAAUUUCAUGAUCACCCCGCAGGGUCUGCAGGACCAACUGUUGGGCAUCGUGGUGGCAAGAGAGAAACCUGAGCUGGAAGAGAAGAAAAAUGCCAUGAUCGUGGAAAGUGCCAACAACAAGAAAAUGCUGAAAGAAAUCGAAGAUAAAAUCCUGGAGGUUUUGUCCACAUCCGAAGGCAACAUUUUGGAAGACGAAACGGCUAUAAAGAUACUGUCGUCGAGCAAAAUCCUAUCGGCCGAGAUCGAAGAGAAGCAAAAACAGGCGGCUAAAACCGAGCAGGAAAUCGACUAUGCCAGAAACGAGUACGUUCCAGUAUCAAAGCACUCAUCCAUACUGUUCUUCUGCAUAUCGGACCUAGCCAACAUCGAGCCAAUGUAUCAGUACUCCUUAACCUGGUUCAUCAACCUCUACAAUCAGGCGAUCACUCACAGUCCUCAAUCCUCAGUGCUGGAAGAACGCCUGGGAUAUUUGAGCAACUUCUUCACCAAUAGCAUCUACCGAAAUGUUUGCCGCUCAUUGUUUGAAAAGGACAAGCUGAUCUUUUCGUUUGUCUUAACCGUUGGAAUUAUGAGAUCGCAGAACAAGAUCGAUGAGGACGUUUGGAACUUCCUGAUAACAGGAGGCGUGGCUUUGGACAAUCCGUUUCCCAAUCCAGCCCCAGAAUGGUUGUCGGACAAAAGCUGGUCGGAAAUUGUGCG